ACUUUUGGAUUAACUAAAAACACACAAGCAAAAUGGUGAACAAAACAUAUACGGCUAACGAUCUGGAGGCUUUUAUGAAAAUAGCCGCCAAUUGGCAAAGCACCAAUCACAAUUUGCUUGAGGGCGUUGACCUCAAGACAGAAAUGACACAAUAUAUGAACAGUCCAUCGAUGAACAUGUAUAAGAAGCGUGAGCGCACACAGAACUGGAAUCAUCAGGAGAAGAAAUAUUUGCUUGAUCUAUGUCGCAAGGAUAUGCGCAUUAUAGAAAAUAAACGUCUAGAUGCAGGACUCACAGCGGUGAAAAACAAAGCGUGGAAAAUAAUACACCAAAAGUUUUCAAAUCAAUUUGGCACAGAUCGCACCUGCAAUCGCUUGAAGGAGCAAUGGCGACGCAUGAAGGCCUGCACACGCAAUGAAAUUCUGGAUUAUAACAAUCGCUUGGGCAGAUAUGGCGCUGAGGUGGCAGAUCGCAAGAAGCCAUCGCCAUUUACAUUUGAGGUUUGGGAUUUUAUGCAGGAAGCUAAGAAGGCGUGCAAAUCGGAAGCUUUGGAUGGCAUUGAUUACUCCAAAAUACCUUUGGCUUUGGAGGAGGACUUUGAAUAUCGCGAUGAUUACAAAUACAAUGCAGAUGAGCAUGAUAUGGAUGACAGUCGCACGCCGCCGCAGGAGCUCUGCGAUGUGGAUAUCAAGGAGGAUGAGACCAACGAGACCUUUAAUGAGACCUACAACAAUCACAGCAGCAGCGAGUUGCUGCAAGCGAAUGGCGAGCGCCUGAGCGUCUCGCCCAAUCACAGUCGCAAUGGUCUGCAUGAGCCGGAGAGUCCGGCGGUCGAUGCCAGCGGCGCGUUCUUGCCGCCCACUGGCGCGGACAUGUCGGGCUUUCAGCCCAGCUUUAGCAUGAACAACAUAUCCGCCACUUUGGAGGCUUUGAAUGCUUUGCGCUCAGGACAAUUCCCCAGCGCUGCAGCCGCUGCUGCAGCAGCCAUACAACAGCAGCAGUUGCUGCAGCAACAACAGCAGCAACAACUGAACAACAACAAUGAGGAUGAGGAUGAGCUGCCCAAGCCGCUGGCCAAGCGUCAGCGCACCAGCAGCAGCAGCUUGGCCAGCGAGGAGCAGCAGCAGUCGCUAAGCGUAGCGCUGCCGCAGUCUGCCGACACUCAAGCCCUGGAGCGCAGCAGCAACAUUGCUAACAGCAACAACAUUAACAACAACAACAGCAGCAGCAACAGCAGUCAAAGCCAUAUUAACAACAACAACAACAGCAGCAGCAUUAACAACAAUAACAACAACAGCAACUCGACUAGCAACAACAUUGAGCUGCGCUGGUUUAUGGAAAUGCAAAGCAAGGAGCAUAUGAUGCGCAUGAAAAUCCUGGAGGUGCAACUGCAGGCGGCCAAGCACAGUCGCGAUCUGGUGGAGAUUAACAAGACGCUGGCGCUGCAAAAGCUGCAGGAGUUGGCCAACAAGCGGCUGCCCAGUUAGAGUUACAAAUUGUGCACUUUGUUGUAGUAGUUGUGUAGUUGUUAGUUUGUAAUUUAGUAUUUUACACACACACACACAGACAUAUACACACACACACAUAGCACGUAGGACGUAGCUAAAGUUUACAAUUUUUCUGGCGCUAGAAUUUAAGUUUCUUUUUGCAAAAUACACACAUACAUAUACAUACAAACAGACAGACAGACAGACAGAGCUGCGCACACAACAUUCCUGUAGCAGUAUUUACAAAAAAAAGCUUGAAGCACACACACACACAUAGACACACACACAAACACGAGCAGCUCAAAUGCAGCUGCGCAGCGGCGCUCAUAAGUAUGCCAUAUUAUUUUAAAUGCACACACAUACGCAGACAAACACACAUGCCUACCUCACACACACACACACAUACACACGCAGUCAUGCAUAUAAAACACUUGACCAAGUCAAGUUUAAUUUUUGUUUAAUUCAAAUCCCAAACUAUUCUCCAAGUUGCUCAAAUCUACACACACACACUCACACAUUGACACACACACACACAACUUACCACAAAUGUAUUUUAUUGUGUACUCGUACUUAUUAUAUAUUAUUCUUUUGACUACAGUUCGAUUUUGCUUAGUCGUACUUGCUAAACGUUUUUUGCGCACAAAACAAACUUUAAUUUUUAUUAGUUUGCUAAGCUUAACUCACUUUAAAUUUACUUUUACAACACACA